AUGAUUCUAAACAAAGAAAGUCAACCGAAUGAUUUAGAAAUGCGCAUAAAAUCGGCAAUUAGCGCAUACUCCCACAAAGAGCUCCAGACACUAACAAAAAGAUGCCCGCAUCUGCAGGAGAUUGCACGCACAAUUCUUAUAGCAAGAACAAUGAUCUGCGACUUAGCGCUUUCUCCGGAUCUUCCAGAAAAUAGCUACCUGUGCAGAACUCCGCUGCUCAAAAAGAUAAUUUUGGAAAAAACCCAAGCAAUUGUUGAUGCGAUAGCAAACAAAGACGCACUUGCCCAUAUAUCUUGGGCGAAUGACAGCCUGUGCAUUCUUGCGCAGGAGUAUGCAUCUGCAUUCAAGUCUGGGCUUGCCGAGCUUAAAACGCACAUACAGUGCGACCUGGUAGCGGCAAUCGGCAUGCACUUCACGGAAAAAGAGGCCAAAACAUUCAAUAUGUUGCACAGCUAUUCGGACAUCCUGGAAAACGACAAAAAAGGCACUCCGCGGCUGAUCAAGGCUUUGCAGAUACUUAGAAGGUGCAAGAAAGGCUUCCUCAGAGUGUCUUCCAGCGGCGAGAUUGAGUCCAACAUAGGCAAGCUAGGCCUUACAUCGGACGAGAUUCAAACUCUGCGGAUUCUGUGCAUGAAAAAAGUAGACACGCUGGGGCCCAUAUGCAUGCUGGAAGACUGCUUAGGCACUAGCCCAGAGGCGUACAGAGACGGGCUGAUUCUCUCUGCAUACAAGCUGCUUGGCAUGCAAAGAUCCCGGCCCAUCGGACACAUUGACGAGCAACCAGGAGGAACCAGCGACCUUUCACAGGAGGAGUGGAAAAUAGACAUGAACCCCGAGAAAAUAAUUAGCGACGAGGAAAUAGAAAUUGGCAGUCUUAUACGCAAAUACUCACCAUUCAUCAGCGACGAGCUGCAGAAAGAUCCCAGGCUGGCGACUCUGCUGAUAAAAUACAAAAAUCUCCAAAACAUCGCGGUGGCCAGCAAGUUUGACCCCCAGCCAUACGGCAAAGAAGACACUCUAUCCGAUGAUUCUUUGGGGCUGGCCAUAGAUCUCUCUGUUAGGCGCGAAAGAAAAGACUCGCUGGUUGGCGCCGCCAUGGUGGGCAUUUGCACGCUUGGCAUCAGCACUCUGUACCUUUUGAGCUCCUCGCUUAAAGCAGCAGACAGAGCCGCACAGGCCAUUAUGAACUAG